AAAUGCAAAGUAAAAUUGGCCCAGAUAUGGUUUCCUUGUUGCCUGCAUUAAGCUGCAAGCCUCCAACGCUAGUUGUUAUGAAUAGAAUUUGUUGUUGAAUGCCAGAAAAACCCAGAAACCACUCUGAAUAACAUGUUUCCGGCGGUUUUCACUGUUCUUACGCCCUCUAAUCUCUCUGCUUUCAUCCCAAUCAACACAAGACUCUCAAUCUUCUCAAAACCAAAUUCCAAACUCUCUCUCCUUCCCAGGGUCAGUAGUAACGGUCCUGAUUCCACCUCACAACACUCUUCAUCCCUUUCAGGUAUUGAUGCAGUAGAGAGCACGUCUUCUGGCCUUGGUGAUGGUUAUGUGGCCUUAUUUGUCCGUAUGUUAGGCCUAGAUCAUGAUCCUCUGGAUAGAGAGCAAGCUAUAAUUGCUCUCUGGAAAUAUUCACUUGGUGGAAAGAAGUGUAUUGACACUAUAAUGCAAUUUCCUGGUUGUAUUAAUCUUAUUGCAAACCUCCUUAGAUCAGAGUCUAGUGCAACAUGUGAGGCAGCUGCAGGUCUUUUGCGAUCAAUAUCUUCAGUCAAUCUAUAUAGGAAUGCUGUAGCAGAUAGUGGAGCAGUAGAAGAGAUAAAUAGAUUGUUGAGGCAAUUGUCCUUGGCCACUGAGGUGAAGGAGCAGAGUAUGGGUACACUCUGGAAUUUAUCUGUUGAUGAGAAUCUCUGCAGGAGAAUGGCAAAGAGUGACAUUCUACCAUUAUCUAUUAAAUACCUUGAUGAUGAGGAUAUGAAAGUAAAGGAAGCUGCAGGAGGCAUUUUGGCAAAUUUAGCAUUGAACCGCAAUAAUCAUGACGCGAUGGUUGAAUCAGGUGUUAUACCAAAAUUGGCAAAGUUCUUAAUAUCUAAUUCAGAAGGUUCUAAAGUUAUUAAAAAGGAAGCAAGAAAUGCAUUGUUGGAACUUGUUAAGGAUGAUGAUUAUUAUAGAAUUCUUGUUAUUGAAGAAGGACUGGUUCCUGUGCCAUUAAUUGGUGCUGCAGCAUAUAAAUCAUUCACCCCACGAUUACAUGCGUGGCCCACACUACCAGAUGGAACUGAAAUUGAAAAGACUCCUGGACGAAAUUCCAAAUUUGGUGCAUCAGAAUUACUUCUUGGAUUAAAUAUUGAUGACAAGAAUGCUAACAUAGAUGAAGCAAAAGUCAAUGCAAUCAUUGGACGGACACAACAGCAAUUCCUUGCUCGUAUUGGGGCUAUAGAAAUGGAAGAGAAGACGGUAUCUGAAUGUUCAAAUGAUCAGCUGCUUACACUUUUGCCUUGGAUGGAUGGUGUUGCUCGUUUGGUGCUGAUAUUAGAACUUGAAGAUAAGUCUGCAAUUGUAAGGUCUGCUGAGUCAAUUGCUGGUGCAUGUAUCAAUGAACAUAUGCGCAUUGCAUUUAAGGAGGCUGGAGCAAUUAAACAUUUAGUACGUCUUUUGAAUUGUGAUCAUAAUGAGGUCCAAUUUGCUGCAAUACAAGCUUUGGAAAGGCUGUCUGCUAGCAAUAUUGUUUGCCGGAUGAUUGAAGCUGAGGGUGUUUUACAUCCUUUAAUCAGUAUUUUAAAGUCCUCAGAAAUAGCUGAACCUGUUGUGGAGAAGUUGCUUCUGCAGGCUCUGAACAUAGUCGCUCAGAUACUAGACCCCAGUAAAGAGAUGCAUUUGAAGUUUUAUGACGGACCAGUUAAUGGAUCUGAGAAGAUGUUUGACACAGCGAAAAGUGAAAUUCCAGCUGGGUUAAGAACUGAACAAGCCAUAUCAGAAACAAACUCCAGGAAUGCUAUACUGGAAUCUGAUUUCAUUGCACGUCUUGUUGAGAUUCUGAAGUCCUCUUCACCCAGUUUACAAGAAAAAGCUGCAUCUGUGCUCGAGUUUGUUGCACUAGCUGACCAAACGUUGGCCUCUGUUAUUUCUGCAGAUAUUGAAUCUGGUCUCAACUCUGUUUUUCAGCAAAAGCUUCUGAAAAUUUCAGCGGACAUGGAAUCUGAUGUUGAAGAGCAAUUUUCAGAAGCAUACACAAUUGAAUUCGAAGAAGCCGGUCGUGCCAUAUCUGCAGCAUCCCGGCUGAUGACAAGACUACUCGAUAAUGAGCAGUUCCGGCACAAAACAGAUUCCUCCCAUUUCAUCGGCUUGCUUCGUGAAAUACUCCGGUCGAGGAUCCCUCUCUAUCACAAAGAUUGGGUAGCUGCUUGCCUUGUCAAACUUAAUUUUCUCUCUAGUUCCAACACUUCUUCUGAUCCAAUCAAUGUGGAAGUUACACUUUAUGAGACAAUUCCGAGGCUUCUGGAACAGAUUAAAAAUUCGUUUUCUCGAGAAACACAGGAAAAUGCUGUAGUGGAACUCAACAGAAUAGUGUCUGAAGGAGUGGUGGAUUCCAGUGGAGCUAUUAUUUCCGAGGGAGCGAUUUAUCCAUUGGUGAAGCUGAUUGAAGAAGGGAGUGAAAAGGCAGUUGAGGCAAGCUUGGCAAUACUGUACAAUCUGAGUAUGGACAGCGACAACCAUUCGGCAAUCGUGGUGGCCGGAGCAGUCCCGGCCUUGAGACGAAUUAUUCUGGCUCAGAGACCGCAUUGGGAACGAGCCCUUCGUCUGCUUAGAAAUUUGCCAACAUGAUGAGUUCAACUGUCUGUCAGGAGCAGUGCAGGGCUACAAAUCUUGAAAUUGCUUCUUUUUUGUUGUAAUAGUAUAUUUGUUGUCUGAACCAGUGUAAUAUGCAUGAGAUUUUAUGUUGAAAUCUUAGUGCAGUUAUAGAAUAUCUGAUUUCAAAGAUGUUGAUAAAUAAAACAAGUAAUUUUUACAAA